UAGGUGGAGUUUACCGGUUGGUCUGACCCAAGUGAUGGCCGCGGUGAAAGAUGGACCGUGGAAGAGCCUGAGCUCUGGGAAGAAAGUAGCUUUGGCUGCCGGCCUUUCUGUGGGGGCCACGGUGGGAUACCUUGUUUACCGUCACAUUCGAAGAAGCAGUGUGCAAUGCCAAAGCAAAGAGGAGUCCAGAAUAUCUGUUCCCCUUGACGUGUACCGAUCUAUUGCAAGAUAUCAGAGCACCUUUCUAGACAUAGUGAAUCAGAAGUCUGGUGCUCAGAUAAAUGUGCUGCCAAACACUGAAGAGCAGAGCCUGGUGAAUUUUCUGAUUCAGGGCUCACCGGAGCAGAUUCUGGUGGCGCAGUGUGCUCUGGAGAAACUGGCCACCGACUGUGAGAUCAUCACCGAUGUCAUAGACGUGCCUCAGACGGCAUUUGGGCGAAUUAUAGGUCGUGGUGGUGAGACUUUGAAGUUCAUAAACAGAGUCUCGGGGGCCAGGGUGAACUGCUCCAAAGAUCGUGGACGCAGCUUGGAGGAGAAGGGCAAGAUCACAAUAACCGGCACACGCAAGGAGAUUCAAAGUGCGAAGGAAAUGAUCAUGGAGAAGGUCAUAGAGAAUGAAACUGUACGAAAGCGAAUAAGUCAGGCUUCUGUCUUGCGUCAGAAGAGGAAACUGCCGGAAACAGAGCAGUUAAACAAGACUCAAGGACUGGAGAAUGAAUUAUUAAAGCUUAAUGGAAAAGAUUUACCUUCCCCAAUGACUGAGCUUAAACAAGAGGGGCCUGUUCCGGUCAACGGCUUCACAGACUACAGUGAUACUGCUGAAAACUCCCUUAAAUCAGAGGAGGAGGAGAUUCUCUCUCCAGUAUCACCUUUGGAGAUCUCCAAAUUUGAAAUUCCUAGUCCAGACCUGAGCUUCCAGCCCGAUGAGCAUCUGGAGGUGUAUGUGUCUGCGUCUGAGAAUCCUCAACACUUUUGGAUCCAGAUUCUGGGGGUCCGAUCUCUACAGCUGGAUAAACUGACGGCCGAAAUUAGCCGUUUCUACAACAGUGAUACCCCACAAGAGCACAGAGUGGACACCAUUAUUGUUGGAGAUAUAGAUGAAGGGAUUGGGCUGAGGGGAGACUGGGAUGAGUCCAGAUCACUGCAGAAGAUGCUGGACGACAUGACCGGAGCAACAUCAGAACUCAGUAUGUCCUGCAUCAGUUUGUCAGAAGCUGCCUCAAUUUCUGGAAGUGUGGAUGACACUGUUGAUGAGGAAUUCAACUGACAAAAGACCAAAGACAUGUUUGCCUUGAUAUUGAGACCAGUUGUUAUCCUCAUUUAGCAUUCUGCACAUGCUUCCUGUCUCUGAGAAAGAGCCUUACUUGACUACACCACCUGCUCAGACUACCUGUAUUUACUGCAGAAGUUCUCUCAUAUAAGGAAUGGUUUCCACAGUUUAUAUCUUAUCUAAACUUUUUGGGACAUCUGGAAGACAUUUGAUGGUUCAUUUUUUUUACUGUUUUCACUUGUGUUCAUCUCAUUUACGUAUAAUAGGUUACGUCAGUCAUUCUUUGCAUUUCAUUAAUCGUCUGAAGAACAGAUGAAAGACAGUUGCAGAGCUCAGGGAACUCAUGAUUGAGUUAGUUAGGAACCUCAUUAUUGUGUUUGUCAGUGAUAUGAUGGUUCAGUUUAUGUUGACGGGUUUUUUUUUUUUUUUGUACUGUUUGAACUUUCUCAUUUUUCUGUUAAAAAAUAUUUAUGUUGUGAAUUGAGUUUUAUUACAUUGAAUGCUGCAGUAUGUAUGUGUAUACAAUCAAAUAAAGAGUAUUAUUAUAGCCCA